AUGCAUGAUGUCAUACGCCUUCUUGCCCUCAACAAAGCCAAGGAGGAAUGCUUCGGUAAAAUUUAUAAUGGCUCUGCUACUAGAGCAUUCUCUGUAGAGGGUGCACAUCGCGUAUCGGUCCAUGGGGGAAAUCUUGAACAACUGAGCCGAUCUGGCACAACACAUCUCCGUGCACUCUAUGUAUUUGAGAGGUAUAUCGAGGUCGAUUUGCUGAAGACUAUCCUAACAUCUUCGAAACUGCUGACGAUGUUGGAUCUUCAAGGUACCUGUAUCAAAAUGCUGCCCAGUGAGGUAUUCAACUUGUUUAAUCUGCGUUAUUUGGGUCUUAGAGAUACUGGGAUGGAAAGCCUGCCUGAAGCAGUAGGGAGGUUGCAAAACCUGGAAGUCUUGGAUGCUUCCAAAUCUAAGUUGACGUAUUUGCCAAACAGUGUUGUAAAACUUAAGAAGCUGAGAUACCUGUAUGCGUGGUCUGUGGUUGCAUCUGAGGAAUUUGAAAUUGGAAAUCUAGGUGGAGUCAAGGUGCCUAAUGGCAUACAACAGUUGGCAGGACUGCAGGCUCUUCAGUCUGUCCAAGCCACUCCAGAGUUUCUGCUUGAAGUUGCAGCUCUGACAGAGCUAAGAACAUUCGGUGUCUGCAACGUGAGAAGUGAAAACUCUGCUUGCUUGAGUAACACUAUCACCAAAAUGAGCCAUCUUGUUCAUCUCGAAAUUGUUGCUGCAACUGAGAAUGAGCUGCUGCAGUUUGAAGGUCUAUAUUUACCUCCAACCCUUUCUUCGCUUGGUUUAGCAGGGCAGCUAGAAAAAACAUCGAUACCUCAGCUUUUCUCUUCUUGGUCACACCUUGAUAGCCUUACUCGAUUGCACCUGGCAUUCUCCAAUAUUGAUGAGCAAACCUUUUCCUGUCUGCGUAUGUUACGUGGUCUACACUUUCUUGAGGUAAUGAAGGCUUUUGAAGGGACGAGGUUGGAAUUUUGCGCAGGGUCAUUUCCAAAACUUCGAUUUCUACAUAUAUGGGGCGCAGCACAACUCAACCAAGUUAGAAUAGAAGAGAGUGCGCUAAAAAUCCUUGCUGAGGUAUGGUUCACAGACUGUCCUGAGCUAAAGUUUCUUCCAGAUGGCAUUGAACACCUUGCAGCCCUUGAGAAAUUAAUUCUGAAAGACACGUCAGAAGAGCUGAUAAAGAAGCUCGGGCAGAUGAGAGAUUCAGAUGAAUACGGUGAAGAUGUAAUGAAGAUUAGCCACAUAAGGAAUGUUACAGUUGCACUGAGCCAUAAAGGAUUUGAGGAAAGAAUUAGAUUCUAUGCUGCAAUAUCAAGCACAUUUUGCUCCUCCCAUAUUGGUGCACAUUUUGCGUAUUAA